UCUUUGCUCCGCCGCCUCAUCCGUGCCAAGGGCUGGUGAUAUCGCCUCGACUAACCACGCUCCUUUACGUUUCCCUACAAAACAUCACAUACUGGCAUCUUGCCUUAGAAGCUCUACCACUCUCUUCACUACUUACUACUCUUGGUGUGCACGGGUUUCCUCUCGCUUUGUUCACCUCACCCAAGCCUGUCAGCCAGCAAUACAUUCUGCCUGGUUGAUAGCGCAUAUUUUCCACCCACUGCAAACACUGCUCUGCAUAUACUAGCACAGCAGCUAUUCAUCAUGCACGUUCUUAGCAUCGCCCACCGCCGCAAGUCUUCCAAGGCUCGCGACCUUCACAUCCGUAAGGUUUCCUUCUCUGGCUGCUCCAUUGGCUCGGGAUGCUCGUUCGAAUCCAACUCUUCCACAUUCACCAUGGUUGGCCCAUGGCACGCUCGCACACCCAGCUCGGGCAGCUUCGAUCCUCUUCGCUCGCAUCCCAUCAUCCAGGCGCCUCCCCGCCUGCAAGACCGCGCCAUGCUUCGACCUACUAGCAGCGACUCCGCCCAGAUGACCACAUUCUACAACGACCAAGAAAGCGAGGACGAAUACAAGGGAUACCCUAUCAGUGUCUUUGACUUUGACGACGACGAUGAGAGCAUCUACGACGAAUCAACACCCAUGGAGCUGCCGCCUCUGGCCAGCCCGUCUGAUCACUCCGACUCCGAUGAUGAGCCCAGCGAGUACUUCUUCCUGGACCUUGCCAAGCGCCCAGCUCUACCUCGCUCGCGGUGGUCCGAGUCUACCAUCCAGACCAUCCAGCACCUGACGCCCAGCAUCAGCAAUGCUGGUACUCCUGUCCCUAUUGAGCAAGCCAUUGCAGUGCCUCUUCCUCGUCUCCAGCUCCCCAACUUUAGCUACAAGCGCAACACUGUCCCCAAGCGCCCUACCAUUAAGCCUUCGGGCAGCGUGGAAGACCUAAUGAAGCGCAGCAACUGGAAGCGCAGAGGUAUUGUCUUCCACAACGACGGAGUUGACGACACUGUCUGCAUCCCUGGCGUCGCCGCCUAAAGACAUGUCGACUCACCACCUUCCUUGAACCAUCUCAUCUCUUUCUACCACCCAUCUCUAUGAUACACACGAAGCCUUUCCUUUGAUACCUCUUAUUUCCUUUUCUCUGGUUGUAUUUCAGCAUUGCAUAUAUACCACUCGGCGUUUUGGGGGUUAGGAACAGUCAACAGUAUGA